AUGCCACAACAUAUGUACAAGAACAAACCGGUCGACGAAAAUAAGCGGGGGCCGAACCUGGGCUACUGGCCGUAUUGGUACGGCUACAACUUCGCCAACUGGAAUGUCAAGAAGCAAGACAUCAACCAGGAUUCGAGCCACGAGGAGUGGGACUACGGGAUGGGGGCCAGGGACGUCGGGAUGGGGGCCGGGGGCGGCGGAAUGGGGGACGGGAGCGGUCUCUGGGGCGGUGGGAUGGGGGCCGGGGGCGGAGGGAUGGGGGCAGGGGGCGGUGGGAUGGGGACCGGAGGCGGCGGGAUGGGGGCAGGGGGCGGUGGGAUGGGGGCCGGAGGCGGCGGGAUGGGGGCAGGGGGCGGCGGGAUGGGGGCCGGAGGCGGCGGGAUGGGGGACGGGAGCGGCCUCUGGGGCGGCGGGAUGGGGGCGGGGGGCGGCGGGAUGGGGGCCGGGGGUGGCGGGAUGGGGGACGGGGGCGGCCUUUGGGGCGGUGGGAUGGGGGCCGGGAGCGGCCUCUGGGGCGCUGGCAAAUUUUCGCUACUGGCCAGCGACGACAACAUCGUGGGCGGCGCCAAUCUGGUGAACUGCGACGUUCAGCAUGCCGCCAACCGCAUCUGCUCCCCCAACCUGGGCCCCAAGUGCGAGCUGGGCCCGCCCGCCGAUAUCUACAACGCCUGGCUGGAACAGCUCGAACAACAGACGAAAUGCUGCGACAAAUGCAGCAGUCUUCUACACCGGUGA